AUGACGUCCAUCGACCAUGACGGCGUCCGUCGCGCCUCCGUGCCCAACGCUGUCGACAAAUCGACCGUUAUCGAGGCCGCCGCCGCCGGCGAGGCGGAGCGCGAGCUCGGCAUCCUUGCCUCCUUCAAGCUCUACCGCAAGGCCUGCAUGUGGUCCGUCUUCCUCUCCACCGCCAUCGUCAUGGAGGGUUUCGACAUGACCCUCAUCAACAACCUCUACGCCUACCCGCCCUUCCAGCGCAAGUUUGGCGCCGAGCAGCCCGAUGGCUCCUACCAGCUCACCGCCGCAUGGCAGGCCGGCCUCUCCAACGGGGCGCUCACCGGCCAGAUCCUCGGUCUCUUCCUCAACGGCAUCGUCGCCGAGCGCUACGGCUAUCGCAAGACCAUCAUCGGCGCCCUGACCGCCUGCGUCGCCUUCAUCUUCAUCAUCUUCUUCGCCGAGUCCCUGCCCAUGCUCCUCGCUGGAGAGGUCCUCAUCGGCUUCCCAUGGGGCGUCUUCCAGACCCUCGCCCCUACCUACGCCGCCGAGGUUUGCCCAGUCCACCUCCGCGCCUACCUCACCACCUAUGUCAACCUCUGCUGGGUUAUGGGCCAAUUCCUCGCCUCGGCCGUCCUCAAGUCCAUGCUGUCCCGCGACGACAAGUGGGGAUACAAGAUCCCCUUUGCUCUCCAGUGGAUCUGGCCCGUCCCCAUCGCCAUUGGCGUCUUCCUCGCCCCCGAGUCCCCCUGGUGGCUCGUCCGCAAGGGCCGCCUCGAAGACGCCAAGCGCUCGCUCAUCCGCCUCACCGACCGCCACUCCCUGUCCAACUUCAAGCCCGACGAGACCAUCUCCAUGAUGGUCCACACCAACGAGAUGGAGAAGGAGGAGACCUCAGGCACCUCGUACAGCGACCUCUUCAAGGGCGUCAACCUCCGCCGCACAGAGAUUGUCUGCGCCGCCUGGAUGGUCCAGUCGUGGUGCGGCGCCUCCCUCAUCGGCUACUCGACCUACUUUUACCAGAACGCCGGCCUCGCCACCUCGGCGAGCUUCUCCAUGUCCCUCGCCCAGUACGGCAUCGGCGCCAUUGGCACCAUCAUCUCCUGGUUCCUCAUCACAAAGUUCGGUCGUCGCACCCUCUACUUUAGCGGCGAGUGCAUCAUGAUCGUCUUCCUUCUCGCCAUCGCCUGCGCCUCCUUUGCCGGCGAGAACAACGUGCCCUCGCAGUGGGCCAUUGGCUCCAUGCUCCUCAUCUUCGCCUUCACCUACCAGUCCACAGUCGGCCCCGUCUGCUACUCCCUCGUCUCCGAGAUGACUUCGACCCGCCUCCGCACAAAGUCCGUCGUCAUGGCCCGCAACUGCUACAACAUCUCCAACCUCAUCACCAACGCCUUCACACCCAACAUGCUCAACCCCACUGCCUGGAACUGGGGCGCCAAGACUGCCUUCUUCUGGGCCGGCACCUGCUUCGUCUGCGCCAUCUGGACCUACUUCCGCCUCCCCGAGCCCAAGGGCCGCACCUUCGCCGAGCUCGACAUUCUCUUUGAGCAGAGGGUCAGCGCCCGCAAGUUUGCCUCGACCGUUGUCGACAGGGUGGAUGAGGGUGUCGCGAUGGAGAAGGACAUGGUCCACGGGCAGACUGCUGUCCAGGUCGAGCACGCCGGUGUUCACACCAAGGAGUAA